AUGGAUGUCGAGCUUCACAGUUUCACAUGUAACUCGGUUUUUAUGUCAUUUCGGGUUUACCGUGAUUGUGACCGUCGCAGGCGCUAUUGCAGACAGUUAGUGCUGCAACUCAAAGAAAAUGUAAAGAAAAAAGGAGAGAGGCCAUUCAGAUACAUUGCGGCAUGGCAACAACAUCCGAACUUUCAAGAGUUAUUGGGAACAGUUUGGGAUAAGGAUAUGGAUCUUGAACAUAAUCUUAGUGAGUUUAAAAAGAAGGUAACAAUAUGGAACAAAGAAACCUUCGGUCACAUCGGAAAAAAGAAAAAGAACCUCUUGGUACGAAUCAGAGGAAUUUGGAGGGCACUAGAAACCAGGCAUUCAGAGUUCCUUAAUAACCUUGUUGUUGAGCUACUCACAGAACUUGAUAUAGUCCUCGAACAAGAAGAGAGCCUAUGGCGGCAGAAGGCAUGCUCACAAUGGGUCACACAGGGGGACAGGAACACAAAAUACUUCCAUGCUUCAACUUUAUCCCGACGACAAACAAACAAUAUCGCUGCACUUAAACAGAAGGACAAUAGUUGGUGCACGAACGAAACUGAACUAGCAUUGUUGGCAAGGGAUUUUUUCCAAAAGCUUUUCUCAUCGUCAACCAAUGGUCACCACUCAUGGAAUAUAAGGGGCUGUUUUCCAAAACUAGAAGCAGGUGAAUUAGAAAAGCUCAUUGAACCGGUUACUAACGAAGAAAUUAAAAAAGCAUUUUUCGGCAUGGGGCCACUUAAAGCGCCAGGUAUAGACGGGGAACAUGCAGCGUUUUAUCAGAAAAAAUGGAGCGUAGUAGGAGAGUCAGUCUGUGCCUGUAUUCAAAAGAAUUUUGCCCAAGGGUCUAUACCAGCAGACUGGAACCAAACACUUUCAGUGCUAAUACCGAAAAUCACAACUCGUAAACUUAUAACGCAAUUUCAACCAAUUAGCCUAUGCACGGUGAUUUAUAAGGCGAUCAUUAAAAUUAUCGCAAACAGAUUAAAGCACUUAAUGCCGAUGUGGAUAUCUGAAAACCAAACAAGCUUCGUACCUUGGCGCUCUAUCACGGAUAACAUAAUUAUCACUCAAGAUGUCAUUCAUUCAUUGAGGAAAAAGAAAGGAAUAAAAGGUUGGAUGGCAAUCAAGAUCGACUUGGAAAAAGCGUACGAUCGACUCGAAUGGAGUUUUAUUGAUGAUAUGCUUAGUGACCUAGGGAUACCGGACUCUCUAUGCCAGCUUACAAUGAAUUCUGUCACGCCAGUAUCCACACAGAUUCUUUGGAAUGGAUCAUUGAUAGAGACGUUCAAACCUACAAGAGAUGACAUGUUACUUUUUGCCGAGGCAUCCGUUGACCAAAUGCACGUAAUCCGAGCGACUUUGGAUGAAUUCUGUGAAGUUUCCGGGCAUAAAGUGAACCAUGGGAAAACUAAUAUCUUCUUCUCAAAGAAUGUACCAACAGACCUAAGGAACCGAUUUAGUUUAUCAUUUGGUUUCAAAGAGGUAAAAGAUCUUGGCAGGACACAUUACACUGGUCAAAGCAGAACUAGAAGCAAUCCCUCUGUACACAAUGCAAACGGAAAUUCUGCCCAAAAAAAAACAUGUGAGGAAUUAGAGAGAAUUACAAGGAGGUUCAUCUGGGGUAUCACCUCCGAGAGAGGUGGUGUUCACUUAGUCAAAUGGAAGGACGUCUGCCAUCCAAUUUCACAUGGGGGGCUCGGAUUAAGGAAUCUGAAGAAUCUGAAGGCACAAAAUGAAGCUUUUAUUAUGAAGUUAGCAUUCAAUCUCAUCGCCAAACCGGAAGCAUUAUGGGUAAGGUUUUUACGAGCCAAAUACAAAUGCAAAGAGCAGGUACCUACCUCACUACGCAGUACCAAUUGCUCGAGAGUGUGGAAGGGAUUGAGUAUUGUCUGGAAUGAUGUACAACAAAAUAUCCAAUGGUUUGUGGGUAACGACACUAAAACUGACUUCUGGCACGAUAAUUGGAUCAAUGCUACAGGUCCGUUAUUUAGACAUAUACCACCCGCCACUGCUGUGUCCAUAGAAAGGAGAACGGUUGCCAGAACAGAUGCAGUAGGAUGGAGGGAUCGAACAGACACUCAAUUUACCAUCCAGUCAGCUUACAAGACAAGGUUAGGGCAAGUAGAAGAAACUAAUGAGAAGAUACUAAUCAAACCAGAUAAACUUCAAGAGUUUCUAUCAUUGGAACUUAAAUAUUGGAUUGAAUUGAACUUAACUCGUAGUAGUUAUUUUGCAAAGGAAAGCAGUGAAUGGGAGCUUUUGUUUGGAGCAGUGUGUUGCAAUCUAUGGAUGGAACGUAACUCAGUCACAUUUAACAAUCCAAUGGAAGAUACACGAUCAAUGUUGGAGCGAAGCAAACAUUUACAAAUGAUGACUUGUAAAGCACGAGAAGGAAGCAUAAGCCAAUCAAUACAAGACUCGAAUGGGGUACAAGAAUCAAUUCAGUGGAUUUCACCGGAUGUGGAAUGCUGCAAACUAAAUAAGGAUGGUGUAAGAAGCCCGAACGAUGGCAUUGCGUCAUGUGGAGGGGUAAUGCGCGACUCAAACGGACUCUCUUGCGCUUGGGACUUUGGAUUACGUAAGAUUAUGCUAGAAGUGGAUUCAAUGGAUGCUUUUCGACUACUACAAGGAGACAAGAUGAACCGAGGAAGCUCUUAUCUAUUACAGCACAUAUACAAGCUGCUUAGACGUAAUUGGACUGACAAAGUUCAGCAUAAAGACGAAAGGGAAACAGAUUAG